AGCAGCUUCCGGUUUUGGGAACAUUCUUUCUCUCAGUUACUUCCUGUUGAGACUCCCGACACGCAGACAUGCCUCUCGCCAAAGAUCUGCUGCAUCCCAGCCCCGAGGAGGAGAAGAGGAGGCACAAGAAGAAGCGCCUGGUUCAGAGUCCCAAUUCAUAUUUUAUGGAUGUCAAAUGUCCAGGCUGCUACAAGAUCACCACAGUUUUCAGUCACGCUCAGACUGUAGUGCUGUGUGUCGGCUGUUCGACCGUCCUGUGCCAGCCGACGGGAGGGAAAGCUCGCCUGACAGAAGGAUGCUCGUUCAGGAGGAAACAGCACUAGCUGUUGUCGACAGGGUUGGACACGCACAUGCGUGAUCGGGAGCAACGUGAUGGACGUGAAGCGACACUGCCAUGGAGCUGCUGCAGAGGAGGGAACAUGAGGCCUGCUGGAAGACAAAUCAUGCAAUAUAAGGAGUUGUUUAUCCACGGAAACGCCUCGCCUUAUUUAUGCCCCACAAACAGCAUAUCUGUUGAUUCUUUUAAAUAAAACUGGGGUAUUUUGAUUUAAAAAAAAGAAAUCACAAGUGCUUGUUAUCCAGUCGACUCUUUUCAUCUUGAGAAGAUUCCUUUUGUCUGGUAAAAGACAGUUGAUCGAUUGCAAUGUCCUUUCAGAAGAAAAGAUGCUUCAGUGUAGUAGAGAUCAGCUAUUCUGUGAAAAGUCUUUUGUAUUUGUUGGCAUUGCAAUCUUCCAUGAAUAUGCUCACAUUUACUAGAAGGGUUCAGGUCAAAAUGAGCCCUGAUUGCUUAGUGAUAUAGAUUUAUGCAAAUGUCCUCUGAAAACUGUCCACUAUUCCUACAGAAUGAAACACUGUGGCUUAAGCUGGGAAUUACAUCUUAGAACACUCUAACCGAAGUGUUGUACAUUGCUAAAGCAGCACUCUGCACGAUUGAAUAUUGAUUAUUUAUGCCAGAGCUCCAAUAACGUACAUAACUUCUGAAUCGGUGGGUUCGGGUUGGGAAGAUGGACGUCUGCAGCGCCGUCCUCCAAAGCCCCGCCGAGUUGGUGCGGGGUCUCUUACAGGGAAAUCCAGGGAGCCGUCGUCAUUGGCAACCAAGACCAACACGACGUGUACAGCGUUGGUUUUUUUGUUGGCUUGUGGAAAUGAUUGGGUGGGAUGAGUUCUGGUAACGGAGGAAUCAGAUUUGUGACUCUUGGAUGAGUUUGGGUUGUAAACUAAAAAAAAAAAAAAAUCUGAUCAGGGAGUGAUUCAGUGAGAACACUGUUGUUGCUGUGGUUAAAUCUUUUAUUAAAUCGUGUUUUGCUU